AUCAAAAGUAAACAAAUAGUUUAAUAUAUACAUACAUAUACAAUACAAAAUGCCCCGUAUCCUUCAUACUAUGUUAAGAGUUGGUAAUUUAGAAAAAUCAUUACACUUUUAUUGUGAUGUUUUAGGUAUGAAAUUAUUACGUAAGAGUGAAAAUGAACAAUACAAGUAUACUUUAGCUUUUGUUGGUUAUACUGAUGAGGACGAAAAUGCAGUUCUCGAAUUAACUUAUAACUGGGGUACUGAAAAAUAUGACUUGGGUAAUGCUUUUGGCCAUAUUGCUAUUGGUGUUGAUAAUGUUGCAGAAACAGUAGAAAACAUUAGAAAGGCAGGUGGUAAAGUUACUCGUGAAGCUGGUCCAGUUUUAGGUGGUACAACUGUUAUCGCUUUUGUAGAAGACAUUGAUGGUUAUAAAAUUGAAUUAAUUCAAGACGAUCAAGCUACUCAAGGUUUAAGAAAAUAAAUUAGGUUUUUAAUAAUAAAAAAAAAAAAAAAAAAAUUUUCAAUAAAGAUAAAA